AUGUUCAAUUCUUUGCGUGCUGCUACUUCUAUCGCACAACGUGCUUCUUUGGUUGCCCGUAAGCCUAUCCAACAACAACAAAAGCGUUUCCUCAACAUCCAUGAAUAUCUCUCUGUCAAGCUCUUGAGAGAAUACGGUAUCAAUGCUCCCAAGGGUGAGGUCGCUAACACUCCUCAAGAAGCCUAUGACAUUGCAAAGAGUCUCGGUUCUGAUGAUCUUGUUAUUAAGGCUCAAGUUCUUGCUGGUGGUCGUGGUAAGGGUACUUUUGAUAACGGUUAUAAGGGUGGUGUCAAGACUUUCAAUACACCCGAAGAAGCUAAGGAACUUGCUGAAAAGAUGCUUGGUCAUAACUUGAUUACCAAACAAACUGGCGCCGAGGGCAAGCCAUGUAACGCCGUCUACAUUUGUGAACGUAAAUACGCUCGUAACGAAUACUACUUUGCCAUCUUGUUGGAUCGCAAGUCUGCCGGCCCCGUCAUUGUUGCCUCUUCUCAAGGUGGUGUUGAUAUUGAAGGCGUUGCUGCUACCAACCCUGAAGCUAUCAUCACUGUUCCUAUUGAUGCUAAGGAAGGUCUUACAAAGGAGAAGGCCUUGGAUCUUGCCAAGAAGAUGGGUUUCACUCCCAAGGGUCAAGAGCAAGCUGCUGAUACCUUCUUGGGUCUUUUCAAGCUCUUCAACGAGAAGGAUGCCACUCAAGUUGAAAUCAAUCCCUUGUCUGAAUCUAGUGAUAACCAAGUUCUCUGUAUGGAUGCCAAGCUGAACUUUGACGAUAACGCCAGUUUCAAGCAAAAGGAAGUCUUUGACCUCCGUGAUUUCACUCAAGAAGAUCCUCGUGAAAUUGCUGCUGCUAAAUACAGCUUGAAUUACAUUGGUUUAGAUGGUAACAUUGGUUGUUUAGUCAAUGGUGCUGGUCUCGCCAUGGCCACUAUGGAUAUCAUCCAACUUCACGGCGGUAAGCCCGCUAACUUUUUAGAUGUUGGUGGUGCUGCUACCCCUGAAGCUGUCAAGGCUGCUUUCGAAAUUAUUACAUCUGAUCCCUCCGUUUCUUCUGCCUUUGUCAACAUUUUUGGUGGUAUUAUGCGUUGUGAUGUUAUCGCUGAAGGUAUCAUUGCCGCUGCUAAGGAUUUAGAUCUCCAAAUUCCUUUGAUUGUUCGUCUUAAGGGUACUAAGGUUGAUGAAGCCAAGAAGUUGAUUGCUGAAUCUGGUCUUCGUAUCUUUGCUCAAGAUGAUCUGGAUCUUGCUGCUCAAAAGGCCGUCAAGUUCUCCAAGAUUGUUACAUUAGCUAGAGAAGCAAAUGUUGAUGUCAAGUUUGCUUAA